CAUUUAUUAGUGCCACCACCUUCUCAUCUGAUGUCUUCUCCUUGACCCUUCUUCUUCUUCUUCUUCCUCCUCCUGAUGAUCAACCAGCAUAAAGGAGAGGCUUCUGGUUGGGAGGUUUUGCAGUUCUCUUACCCUCUUCUGUUCAUGAAUCAUGUGCAAUGGGUGUUGGAGCUGUAGAAGCAUGGUGAUGAUUUUGGUGUGAUUAUGUAUAUAUAUAUCUGGGUGAUUGGUGGUGAGUAGUUGUUCUUGCUGCUGUGGUUUCUUGAUACUUUGCUUCAGGGACAGGCCAUGGACAGAAGGAACCAAGCUCCUCCGGUUGAUAGCUCAGCAUGCUUGUGCAGAGUGGAGAGAUCGGUCGCCGGCGCCGCCGCGGCGAGGCUGAUGCCGAGGGCGAAGGCGUGCGCGCAGCCGAGCCUCAGGGCGUCCAUCCACCCGCUCAAGCCCAAGAGAUCGCCGGGGCGCGACCACCGCGGCGGCGGCGGCGCCGGUGGCGGCGGCGGCCGGCAGUGCCCGCUCAUCCCGGGUCUCCCCGACGACCUCGCCGUGGCGUGCCUCAUCCGCGUGCCGCGAGGUGAUCACUGGAAGCUGAGGCUGGUGUGCAGGAGGUGGUCCCGGCUGCUCGCCGGCAACUACUUCUACGGCCUCCGGCGGCGGCUGGGCCUCGCCGAGCAGUGGGUGUACGCCGUCAAGCGCGACGGCGAGGGGCGCGUGUCGUGGGACGUGCUCGACCCGGCGCGGCUGGCGUGGCGCGCGCUGCCGCCCGUUCCGGGGGAGUACGCCGGCGCCGCCGGGUUCGGCUGCGCCGUGCUCGGCGGCUGCCACCUCUACCUGCUCGGCGGCAGCGACCCGCGCCGGGGGCCGAUGCGGCGGGUGGUGUUCUACAGCGCCCGGAGCAACCGGUGGCACCGCGCGCCGGACAUGCUGCGGCGCCGGCACGGCUUCGGGUGCUGCGUGAUGGGCAACCGCCUGUACGUCGCCGGCGGCGAGGGUUGCGGCGUUGGCGGCGGUGGUGGUGGUGGCCUCAGGUCGGUGGAGGUGUUCGACCCGGCCAAGAACCGGUGGUCGUUCGUGUCCGACAUGGCGGCGUCGCUGAUGCCGUUCGUCAGCGCGGUGCACGGCGGGAGGUGGUACGUGAAGGGGCUGGGCGCGCAGCGGCAGGUGAUGAGCCAGGUGUACUCGCCGGAGGCGGACGCGUGGUCGGCGGCGCACGAGCUCGAUGCCAUGGUGACCGGGUGGAGGAGCCCGAGCGCGUCGCUCGGCGGCCGCCUCUACGCCGCCGACUGCAAGGACGGGUGCCGCCUGCGCGCCUACGACGAGGCCGCCGGCGCGUGGAGCGGCCGCGUCGACGGCGGGCAGCACGCGGGGAGCUCCCACGCGGUGGAGGCGGCCGCCAUGGUCGCCCUCCACGGGAAGCUCUGCGUCGUCCGGAACGACAUGAGCGUCUCCGUCGUCGACGUCGCCGCCGCAAGCCCGCGGUGGGAGACGGUCGUCGGCAAGGGGCAGAUGAAGGCGUUCGUCGCGAAUCUCCUCUCCGCCAUCGCCGGCGGCCGCGGCCGCGCCAAGAACCGCGUCCUCCAUUGCCAAGUCCUCGAGGCCUAAGCUUCACAUUCACACAGUGAUCGAUUCUGCUGCUCUCAUCAACGUUCAGAAAUCAGAUUUUUCUUUUUUUUCGUGUUCUCUGCACAUUCUAUUGUGGCAAAUACAUCUGAGCUGAAGAACUCCAAAGCAUGAUCCGAUUAAUGUACAGUAUUUUUUCUCUUUUUUUUUGGGGUUUCUUGAACUUUGAUCGGUGUACAGUUCGUACAGAAAUGGGAGUUGUCCGGUGAAAUAAUCAUGAAAAGAUCUGGGUUUCUUUUGGGUC